AUGACUUUGAACGCCCCUCCCAACAAGCGUAUCGAUGGUACGGCCCUUGCUGCGUCCAUUCGUGCUUCGGUGGCCGAGCGAGUCCAGAAGCUGAAGCAGUCGCACCCGGGCUUCCAGCCGCAUCUGUGUAUUAUCCAGGUGGGUGAGCAGAGCGCUUCCUCAACAUACAUCCGCAUGAAGCGUCAGGCAGCGGAGCAGUGUGGGAUCCUUGCCCAGCAUAUUCAGCUUCCGUCCGAUGCGACCGAAGAGAGGAUUCGCUCGGAAGUCCAUCGCCUGAACGAUGACCAGAGUGUGGAUGGGAUCCUAGUGCAGCUGCCGCUAGGUGAUCAUAUUGAUUCCGAGGCUGAGCGACGUGUGACAGAGGAGAUCGCGCCAUCAAAGGACGUGGAUGGCUUCCAUACCCUGAACAUUGGACAGCUAUCGUCGAAGGCAUGCAACCCGUCGUUUAUGCCAUGCACGCCAGCUGGUAUUUUGCGUCUUCUCGAAAGCGUGGGCUUAAAGGACUUGUCUGGUAUGCAUGCCGUUGUCAUGGGACGCAGCGAUAUUGUCGGCAACCCAGUAGCUGCCCUUUUGCGUUCGCGCAAUUGCACGGUGACGCAGGUGCACAGCAAGUCGGCCCACGUACCGGAGCUCUUGAAGACAGCGGAUAUUGUGGUGGCAGCGAUCGGAAAGGCCCACUUCGUGCAAGGCUCGUGGCUCAAGGAAGGCGCUGUGGUGAUUGAUGUAGGUACCAACUACAUCCCGGAUGCUACGAAAAAGUCUGGGCAGCGUCUGGUUGGCGAUGUCGACAAUGCCUCAGCGGAACCUGUAGUGGCUGCUAUUACGCCUGUUCCAGGCGGUGUCGGCCCCAUGACAGUGGCGAUGCUGAUGGACAAUGUGUUCAUUGCUGCCGAACGCCGUGCGGACCGUGAAACGAGCCGUCCUCGUGGCGUAACGUCGCGGAACCCCUUGACAUUGAAGCGCCCUGUGCCGAGUGAUAUUGAGAUUGCACGUGCACAGACGCCAAAGAAGAUUGCGCAGAUCGCGCAUGAAAUUGGUCUGCUGUCCAGCGAAUUGGAGCCCUAUGGUGAUGUGAAGGCAAAGGUGUCGUUGAGUGUCUUGGAUCGUCUGAAGGAUCGAACCAAUGGCAAAUACAUUGUCGUGGCAGGUAUUACGCCAACACCGCUAGGUGAGGGCAAGUCGACGACGACCAUUGGUCUGGCCCAAGCGCUUGGUGCGCACCUGAACCGUCCGGCUUUUGCGUGUGUGCGUCAGCCAUCGCAAGGACCUACGUUCGGUAUUAAGGGUGGUGCCGCUGGUGGUGGCUACUCGCAGGUGAUUCCUAUGGAGGAGUUUAACUUGCACCUUACGGGUGACAACCAUGCUGUGAUGGCGGCGAACAACCUUUUAGCUGCGGCUGUGGACACGCGCAUGUUCCACGAAGCGACACAGUCAGACAAGGCAUUGUACGAGCGCCUGACACCGCGCAAGAAGGGCGUUCGCACGUUCUCCAAUGUCAUGCUGAAGCGACUUCGCAAGCUUGGCAUUGACAAGACAGAUCCGGAUACCCUUACCGAGGAGGAGGCACGUCGCUUUGCGCGUCUCGAUAUCGACCCUGACUCGGUGACGUGGCGCCGUGUGGUGGAUACGAAUGACCGUUACCUGCGUCAGAUCACCGCGGGUGAGGCGCCGACGGAAAAGGGACUGACGCGCGAGACGGGCUUUGAUAUCGCCGUGGCGUCGGAAUGUAUGGCCGUUUUGGCCUUGAGCCGUGACUUGAAGGACAUGCGUGAGCGUCUGGGCAACAUGGUUAUUGGUUCGAGCAAGAGCGGUGAGCCGAUCACGGCAGACGAUAUCGGUGCUGGCGGUGCGUUGGCAGUGCUCAUGCGCGAUGCCAUCAAGCCGAACCUGAUGCAGACCCUGGAGGGCACGCCAGUGUUUGUGCAUGCUGGUCCAUUUGCGAACAUUGCGCACGGCAACUCCUCGAUCUUAGCGGAUGCCAUUGCGCUCAAGCUGGCUGGCCGAAAGGAAGGCGAGCCGGCUGAGCGUGUUGGCUACGUGAUCACGGAGGCCGGCUUUGGCGCUGAUAUUGGCAUGGAGAAAUUCUGCAACAUCAAGUGCCGCGAGAGUGGAUUGGUCCCUGACGCCGUAGUUCUUGUCGCAACAGUGCGUGCGCUCAAGUCGCACGGCGGCGGCCCUGACGUGUCGCCCGGCAAGCCGCUGAGCGAUGUGUAUACGCAGGAGAACCUCGAGAUCCUUGACGCGGGCUGCGGGAACCUUGGCAAGCAUAUCCAGAACGCGAAGCAGUUUGGCCUCAAGGUAGUCGUCGCUGUGAACAAGUUUGCGUCGGACACGCAGACGGAGCUCGACUUGGUCGUUCGUCGUGCGUUGGAAGCAGGUGCUGAUGCAGCGGUGCCAUCGGACCACUGGGCAAACGGUGGUGAGGGUGCGAUCCCACUAGCGAAGGCGGUGAUCGAGCAGCUGCAGCACACCGAGUCGCAAUUCCAGUUCCUCUACGAGCUGGACCAGCCGAUUGAGGCGAAGAUUGAGACGAUUGCACGCCGCAUGUAUGGCGCCGACGGCAUUGAAAUCCUUCCGGAAGCGCGGGAGCAGAUUGACAGGUACGCCCGCCAAGGCUUUGCGCACUUGCCGAUUUGCAUGGCCAAGACACAUCUCUCUCUGUCUCACGAUCCGGCGCUGAAGGGCGUGCCUACAGGCUUUACGGUACCGAUCCGCAGCGUGCGUCUCUCGGCAGGCGCCCGUUUCCUGUACCCGCUAUGUGGUGCUAUGCAAACGAUGCCGGGCUUGAGCACGCGCCCAGGCUACUAUGACAUUGACCUGGUCGACAACGGCCAAGUGAUCGGUCUGUUUUAA